UCAAGCGAUCGAGAACCGGAAUCCGCGUCAGUCGGCGAAUUGCGAGAGCGUGCGUGUGUAUGCGUGUGAGCGUUGUUUGGGACACGGAUAUACGGAAGCGGUUCGCGACCAACACCCCCACAUCCCGCCCCACCAGCCGGUCGUGGUGGCUCGCUGUGCGUUCGAGUGAAAUAAAAUAAAUUAUAGUAUGCAAGGCAUCCGAUAAACGGCAAAGAGCAGAGCAAAGUGUCUGUGUUUGUGUGUGCGGUGCUUUUGUGCGGAGUCGCCACCCCCGUGGAUUAGUGGCACCCUGCUGCAAAUUGCCCACCACUCUCACUGCGUGUGUGUUAGUGUCGAAAAACAACAAUUAACUACAAAUUAACCAUCGAAUUUUCUAAACCGAGCGUUAACGAUAUAUCGCGUGUGUGUUUAAACAGGAGCCAAGGGUGUCUCUCUGUGGACUUUUGCAUAAAAUCGAUAAGCCCAACCCUCCCUUGCCAACUUUACACAACCCGCGGAAGAGCGGAAACCAGGCAUACGAUAUGAAUAUGCCCAACGGACGCCUCAAAUGGCUAAUGCUGUACGCAGCUGUUGCCCUCUUCGCUUUGGCUAGUCAGAGCUCAGCCGCCAAUUCCCCAGAUGCCGACCAGAAAGGACCAGUCUUCCUCAAGGAACCGACCAACCGCAUUGACUUCUCUAACUCAACAGGCGCCGAGAUCGAGUGCAAGUCCAGCGGCAACCCCAUGCCCGAGAUUAUUUGGAUCCGAAGCGACGGCACCGCUGUGGGAGACGUUCCCGGUCUGCGUCAGAUCUCAUCCGAUGGCAAGCUUGUCUUCCCGCCAUUCCGCGCCGAGGAUUACCGCCAGGAGGUGCACGCCCAGGUCUAUGCCUGUUUGGCCCGCAACCAGUUUGGAUCAAUCAUCUCGCGGGAUGUGCACGUGCGAGCCGUUGUCAAUCAGUUCUAUGAGGCAGAGAUUAUGACCGAAUAUGUGAUCCGAGGUAAUGCGGCUGUCCUAAAGUGUUCCAUUCCUUCGUUUGUGGCCGAUUUUGUCCGGGUGGAGUCGUGGAUCGACGAUGAGGGCAACGUCUUGUCCUUCUCAGACAAUUACGACGGUAAAUAUCUCGUACUGCCUUCUGGAGAACUACACAUUCGUGAGGUUGGACCCGAGGAUGGAUACAAGAGCUAUCAGUGCCGAACCAAACAUCGCUUGACAGGAGAGACGAGAUUGAGUGCCACGAAGGGUCGAUUGGUCAUCACAGAACCCAUUGGUGCUAGAGCUCCCACCUUCUCCACCGAUUCUAAUUCGUUUUCGUACACCCGUCCUGUGGGUCAGAGCUUUGCGCUACUCUGCCAGGCUCAGGCGUAUCCAGUCCCAAUCAUGAGGUUAGGAAACUUUACCUCCAUUCAGGCAGUUUUCUUACACUCAACUUCACAUAUACAAUUAUUUACAGAACCCAUUGGCGCUAGGGCCCCCACAUUUUCAACAGAUUCAAAUAUAUUUUCCUAUACAAGACCAGUGGGUCACAGCUUUGCUCUUCUGUGCCAGGCUCAAGCCUAUCCGGUUCCGUUAAUGAGAUGGUACAAGUUCAUCGAAGGCACUACCCGAAAGCAGGCAGUCGUUUUGAAUGAUCGCGUGAAACAGGUUUCCGGCACUCUCAUCAUCAAGGACGCCGUGGUUGAGGACUCCGGCAAGUACCUGUGCGUGGUCAACAACUCCGUGGGAGGCGAGAGCGUAGAGACCGUGCUCACCGUCACCGCCCCACUGUCCGCCAAGAUCGAUCCCCCCACUCAGACCGUUGACUUUGGACGACCCGCUGUAUUCACCUGCCAGUACACCGGAAACCCCAUCAAGACUGUUAGCUGGAUGAAGGACGGCAAGGCCAUUGGUCACAGCGAGCCAGUGCUCCGUAUUGAAUCCGUAAAGAAGGAGGAUAAGGGCAUGUAUCAGUGCUUCGUAAGGAAUGACCAGGAAUCGGCGGAGGCCAGUGCUGAGCUGAAGCUCGGCGGCCGCUUCGAUCCUCCCGUUAUCCGACAGGCUUUCCAGGAAGAGACCAUGGAGCCCGGACCAAGUGUGUUCCUCAAGUGCGUCGCCGGCGGCAACCCCACUCCGGAAAUUUCAUGGGAGCUCGAUGGCAAGAAGAUUGCCAAUAACGAUCGCUAUCAGGUUGGACAGUAUGUGACGGUCAACGGCGAUGUGGUUUCCUAUCUGAAUAUUACCUCGGUCCAUGCCAACGAUGGUGGCCUCUACAAGUGCAUUGCCAAGAGCAAGGUGGGCGUGGCUGAUCACUCUGCCAAGUUGAAUGUCUACGGCCUGCCCUACAUCCGACAAAUGGAGAAGAAGGCCAUCGUGGCUGGAGAGACCCUGAUGGUGACCUGCCCAGUUGCCGGCUACCCUAUUGAUUCUAUUGUCUGGGAGCGAGAUAACCGUGCCCUGCCCAUUAACCGCAAACAGAAGGUCUUCCCCAACGGAACGCUGAUCAUCGAGAACGUUGAGCGCAACUCUGAUCAGGCGACCUACACAUGCGUGGCCAAGAACCAGGAGGGAUACUCCGCCCGCGGCUCUCUGGAAGUGCAAGUCAUGGUUCUGCCCCAAAUUGUGCCCUUCGCCUACGAGGACGUGAUCAACAUGGGCGACUCGAUCGACCUGUUCUGCCAAAUCCAGAAGGGCGACCGCCCCGUCAAGGUUACCUGGAGCUUCGAACGUAGCGCCGGGGACUCCGGCUUCGAGCAGCUGCAGCCGCAGAUGCGCACGAAUCGCAUUAGCGGGAAGACGAGCAUGCUUUCCAUCCCCAGUGCCAGUCCGGCCCACACGGGCCGCUACUCCUGCAUAGCCAGCAAUGCGGCCGGAACGACCACCUAUGGCGUCGAUCUGACAGUAAACGUACCGCCCAGAUGGAUUCUCGAACCCACCGACAAGGCCUUUGCCCAGGGCUCCGACGCAAAGGUUGAGUGCAAGGCUGACGGCUUCCCCAAGCCCCAGGUCACAUGGAAGAAAGCAGUUGGCGAUACCCCCGGAGAGUACAAGGAUCUUAAGAAGAGCGACAAUAUUCGCGUCGAGGAGGGCACUCUGCACAUCGACAACAUCCAGAAGACCAACGAAGGCUACUACCUGUGCGAGGCUAUCAAUGGUAUCGGUUCCGGAUUGUCGGCAGUCAUCAUGAUCAGCGUUCAGGCCCCGCCAGAGUUCACCGAGAAGCUGCGCAACCAGACCGCCCGACGAGGAGAGCCCGCCGUGCUGCAAUGCGAGGCGAAGGGCGAGAAGCCCAUUGGCAUUUUGUGGAACAUGAACAACAUGCGUCUGGACCCCAAGAACGACAACCGUUACACCAUUCGCGAGGAGAUCCUUUCCACUGGAGUUAUGUCUAGUCUGUCUAUCAAACGCACCGAAAGAUCCGACUCCGCCUUGUUCACCUGUGUGGCCACCAAUGCCUUUGGGUCCGACGAUGCCAGCAUAAAUAUGAUUGUCCAGGAAGUGCCCGAGAUGCCCUACGCCCUGAAGGUGCUCGACAAGUCCGGACGCUCCGUGCAACUGAGCUGGGCGCAACCCUACGAUGGCAACUCUCCCCUGGACCGCUACAUUAUCGAGUUUAAGCGCUCCCGCGCUUCCUGGACCGAGAUUGACCGCGUCAUCGUGCCCGGACACACUACCGAAGCUCAGGUGCAGAAGCUAAGUCCCGCCACCACCUACAACAUUCGCAUCGUGGCCGAGAACGCCAUCGGCACCUCGCAGUCCUCCGAAGCGGUCACUAUCAUCACAGCUGAAGAGGCGCCCUCCGGCAAGCCGCAGAACAUCAAGGUUGAGCCCGUGAACCAGACCACCAUGCGCGUCACCUGGAAGCCCCCAGCACGCACCGAAUGGAACGGCGAGAUCCUGGGCUACUACGUCGGCUACAAACUCUCCAACACCAACUCGUCGUAUGUCUUUGAAACCAUUAACUUCAUCACUGAGGAGGGCAAGGAGCACAACCUGGAGCUGCAGAACCUGCGAGUGUACACCCAGUACUCGGUGGUGAUCCAGGCCUUCAACAAGAUCGGAGCUGGACCUUUGAGCGAGGAGGAAAAGCAGUUCACCGCCGAAGGAACUCCCAGCCAACCGCCCAGCGACACUGCCUGCACAACUCUGACCUCCCAGACCAUUCGUGUCAGCUGGGUGAGCCCACCCCUAGAGUCUGCUAACGGAGUGAUCAAGACCUACAAGGUCGUAUACGCCCCCAGCGACGAGUGGUAUGAUGAGACCAAGCGUCACUACAAAAAGACUGCCUCCUCCGACACCGUUCUCCAUGGCCUGAAGAAGUACACUAACUACACGAUGCAAGUGCUGGCCACCACAGCCGGAGGCGAUGGAGUCCGCAGCGUACCCAUCCACUGCCAAACCGAACCCGAUGUUCCCGAAGCACCCACCGAUGUCAAGGCCCUGGUAAUGGGCAAUGCCGCCAUUCUGGUCUCCUGGAGGCCUCCAGCACAGCCCAACGGCAUCAUCACCCAGUAUACCGUAUACUCGAAGGCCGAAGGAGCCGAGACCGAGACAAAGACACAGAAGGUGCCACACUACCAGAUGAGCUUCGAGGCCACCGAACUGGAGAAGAACAAGCCCUACGAGUUCUGGGUGACUGCCAGCACCACCAUCGGCGAGGGACAGCAGUCUAAGAGUAUUGUGGCCAUGCCCAGCGACCAGGUGCCCGCCAAGAUCGCCUCCUUCGACGACACCUUCACCGCUACCUUUAAGGAGGACGCCAAGAUGCCAUGCCUGGCCGUAGGAGCUCCACAACCGGAAAUUACCUGGAAGAUCAAGGGCGUGGAAUUCACUGCCAACGAUCGUAUGCGUCUUCUGCCCGAUGGAUCUCUGCUGAUCAAGUCUGUGAAUCGCCAGGAUGCCGGGGACUACUCCUGCCACGCCGAAAACUCGAUAGCCAAGGACUCGAUCACACACAAGCUCAUUGUGUUAGCCCCGCCCCAGUCGCCCCACGUGACCCUCUCGGCCACCACCACCGAUGCCCUGACCGUCAAGCUGAAGCCCCAUGAAGGAGACACUGCCCCCCUGCACGGAUACACCCUGCACUACAAGCCAGAAUUUGGCGAAUGGGAGACGGCCGAGGUGUCCGUUGACUCGCAGAAACACAAUAUUGAGAGUCUGCUGUGCGGCUCCCGCUAUCAGGUCUAUGCCACAGGAUUCAACAACAUUGGCGCCGGCGAAGCUUCUGAUAUUCUGAACACCCGCACCAAGGGCCAGAAGCCCAAGCUCCCCGAAAAGCCGCGCUUCAUUGAGGUCUCUUCCAACUCCGUGUCGCUGCACUUCAAGGCCUGGAAAGAUGGCGGCUGCCCCAUGUCCCACUUUGUGGUAGAGAGCAAGAAACGUGACCAAAUCGAGUGGAACCAGAUCUCCAACAAUGUGAAGCCCGACAACAACUAUGUGGUCUUGGACCUGGAACCCGCCACCUGGUACAAUCUUCGAAUCACCGCCCACAACUCGGCUGGCUUCACCGUGGCCGAGUACGACUUUGCCACUCUGACCGUCACCGGAGGAACCAUCGCGCCCCUGGAUGACGGCACGGGCCACGGGAACGUGCAUACCCGGAUCCGACUGCCCGCCUGGAUGCCCGAGUGGCUUGACCUGAACUUCAUGGUGCCUCUGAUAGCCACCGUCGUGGUGGUGGCGGUGGGCAUCUGCGUGGUGUGCGUGGCCCUGUCCCGAAGGAGAGCAGACGACAUGCGCGGCGGCCAGAAGGAUGUGUACUACGAUGUAGUUUACAAUCAGACAAUGGGACCCGGCGCCACCCUGGACAAGCGUCGCCCGGACCUGCGGGACGAGCUCGGCUACAUUGCGCCGCCCAACAGGAAGCUGCCCCCCGUACCCGGCUCCAACUACAACACCUGCGACAGGAUUAAGCGAGGUACAGUCAUAAGCCGCGGUGGCCUGCGCUCGAACCACUCGACCUGGGAUCCCCGCCGCAAUCCCAACCUGUACGAGGAGCUGAAGGCGCCGCCAGUGCCCAUGCACGGCAACCACUACGGCCACGCCCACGGCAACGCAGAGUGCCACUACAGGCAUCCAGGCAUGGAAGAUGAAAUCUGCCCCUAUGCCACGUUCCACCUGCUCGGUUUCCGCGAAGAAAUGGAUCCCACGAAGGCCAUGAACUUCCAGACCUUCCCGCACCAGAACGGACACGCCGGCCCCGUUCCCGGCCAUGCCGGUACCAUGCUUCCACCCGGACAUCCCGGCCACGUGCACUCCCGCUCCGGAUCGCAGUCCAUGCCGCGGGCCAAUCGUUACCAGCGCAAGAACAGCCAGGGUGGACAGUCCUCCAUCUAUACACCAGCUCCCGAGUACGACGAUCCCGCCAACUGUGCCGAGGAGGAUCAAUACCGCCGCUACACGCGCGUCAAUUCCCAGGGCGGCAGCCUGUACUCCGGACCCGGUCCGGAAUACGACGAUCCCGCCAACUGCGCCCCAGAGGAGGAUCAGUAUGGAUCGCAGUACGGAGGUCCUUACGGACAGCCCUACGACCACUAUGGCUCACGCGGAUCUAUGGGACGACGCAGCAUUGGUUCUGCUCGGAACCCUGGCAACGGUUCGCCGGAGCCUCCACCACCGCCGCCACGGAACCAUGACAUGAGCAACUCCUCAUUCAACGACUCCAAGGAGAGUAACGAGAUCUCAGAGGCAGAGUGCGACCGCGACCACGGACCACGCGGCAACUACGGAGCAGUGAAGCGAUCCCCACAACCGAAAGAUCAGCGCACCACCGAAGAGAUGCGUAAACUGAUUGAAAGAAACGAAGCCGGCCCAAAACAACUCCAACUCCAACAAACAAAUGGCGCAGGAUUCACAGCCUACGAUACUAUGGCAGUGUAAUUUGUAAGCCCCUCCUGCAUCCGCCGGGCGAGGCAGCUUAGCUUAGUGUUCCGAGGGCAUGGGGUGCGUGGGAGUUGAAUGACACUCAGACACACACAAGUACACACUCAGACAGAUACAGAUCAUCAGUACACAGACAAAGAGGAGGGAGCGAAUAGCGCCCAUAUAGCGCAUAUACCCAUACGAUUAUCCAACUACUUCAAGUAAUUAUUACGUAAAGAAUGCCACUUCGAAAGCAUAUUUACAUUGUCUAUGCAAGCAAACCAAACAUACAUACAAUAUACUAUAUAUAAUUGCAUUCAGAUACGAAUACCUACUAUAAGUGUGUACUAAGGGAAAUUAUUGAAAGCUAUACGAGAAAGCACGAGCGAAAAGAAAACAAGGAAAGAAAAAUCGGAGGAAAAAAACAUACUUAUAUAUUCAACUACGAAUAUUCGAAACUAAUUUUUAAUAAUGUAUUUUAGUUUUAAGAGAUACCUACCAAAAUAUCAGAGGAGACAGCAACUAUGGAGUACUCUUGUGUGUAAAGAGAAGGUCGAUUUCGAACUCUGUUUGUGUAAACUUUUUGCCAUCUAUGCCAGGAGCAGAUAACUCAUCCUUUGCCUAGACUAAGUCAGAGUCAUAAUAUUAACUCGUCUAAUUGAUACAUACAUAUAUAUUUAGUCAAUACGCAUUGUAUAAUUUCUCCCAUUUGGGCAGCGCACACUUGACGUUUCGUUUGCGUUUUGCGUUGAUUUGUGAUGAUUUGUAAUUUGUAGAAUUGUGUGAGUCAUAUAUUUGUAUUCGUCUUAUUCUAUUAUUCGAGCACGCAAUAGUGUUCUAAUUUAAUUUUACAUUAUUUUCUAAUUCGAAAAUGCGCUUCCACGAGAUCAAACCGAAAACUGUUCAAAGCACAAAUCGCAGCCACAUUUGAAUGUAUUAUACAAGAUCCCCAGGACACCCGAGACCACACGGAUACACAACAGUUGCACAAUGUUGUUUAGAGGCCAAUUCUUCUGAUAUUGGAACAAGAGUUAUACGCAUUUGAAGCUUUAAGAGAACGUGAAAAUUGAAAUUGUUUAUUUCAUUUCAUUUGACCUACCUUAAGUUGAUAGUUUGUAAGUUGCUAAAUAUAUGAUUUUGAUUUUA